AUGUUUUUAAUAUUGCGCUUCUUUAACAGCAUUCUUUUCAUCUUUGCACAUUUGUCCAUUGCACUUUACACCUUGCAACGAUUUUUCCGCGUGAUGAGAUCUCAUUAUCAACUUAUAGAUGAGGUUGAAGAAUACAAUUCAUUAGUUGAACAGUCUCGUUCAAGUCUUGACUAUGUCGGCAUGAAAGUUAUGGAAGCGAUGAGGGAGAUAGAAGCGGACAUUGGUAAAGAAGUCUACGUGACACACAAUCUGACGAAGCUAAGCUCCAGCAUUUCCGAAACGUCGAAAAGAUUUCAUGAGCUUGAAGAAGAAGUCAUAGAGUUAGCGCGGUUAGACUACAACAUGGAGAACGCGACAGUGGAGACGCCGCCAGACAUAAACGAGGAAGUUCGUCGUAUCCUGAGUGGUUGUAAGCCGCAAAGUCAGCGCUCGUCGCCAAUCGAACAUCAGCAGCCGUCGCAACGCCCACGAAGUGCCCGAAUAUCCUCGUCGAAGAGUCCAGUCGAGUCCAGCCUAUCGCUAUACUCGAAGGGCAACCGACGUAACCAGUCGCCUGUUAUCGUACCCGAAGUCACCUUGCUGGUAGAGCAACGACACAGUCCGGUGAUCGAUAAACCUAUUGGUUUCCGACCACCUUGGAUGUGCCCCACGUGAGGCCAUUGCGCAUACACGCAAAGAAGACACAUAAAAUGCUUUGACGGUGUUAUUAUCAUAUUUUCUUUUUCCCUCGCGGCAAAUCUCUAAAGUAUAAUCGUUUCCCUUAAUUGCUAUGCUUGUAUACCUUGA